GUUUCCGGUUUGGCCACAGUGGUGGCGGGAGAUUCCAGCAUGGCGGUGCAACCGAAACACAACCUGUCUAUGGACAGUGCAGCCGAAAGUGGCUUUCUAAGCUUUAUUUUCUCCAUGCCGGAGAAACCGGACACAACUUUCAGAAUAUUUGACCGUAAUGACUUCUACACUGUCCACGGAAAAGAUGCAGUAUUCGCGGCCAAGGAAGUUUUCAAGACGAAUGGGGUCAUCAAAUAUUUGGGCUCAGGGAGUCGCAAGUUGGAAAGUGUCUGCCUGAGCAAGAUGAACUUCGAGGCCUUUGUGAGAGACUUGCUGCUGGUGAGGCAGUACAGAGUGGAAGUUUACAAAAACCACAGCAAGAGCAGCAAAGACUGGAAGCUCGAGUACAAGGCCUCUCCAGGAAACUUGACUCAGUUUGAAGAGAUUCUGUUCGGCGGGGGAACCGGAGCAGUGGGGGGUGCAGGAGUUGUAGCCGUGCGUGUUGCUACAGGAGCUGACGGACAGCGCGUGGUCGGGGUUGGCUAUGUGGACGCUGCCCAGAGGACGAUGGGAGUGUGUGAGUUUCCUGACAACGAGAUCUUCUCCAACCUGGAGUCUCUUCUUGUCCAGAUCGGCCCCAAAGAGUGUCUCUUGGCCCAGGGCGAUGGCAACACUGACAGCAGUAAACUACGGCAGGUGGUGGAGAGAGGCGGCGUGCUGGUCUCUGAGAGAAAGAGAGCGGAGUUCAGCAGCAAAGACACGGUCCAGGAUCUGAACCGGCUGCUGAGGGCCAAGAAGGGAGAGAGUGUGGCGAGCAGCACGCUGCCGGAGCUGGACAAACAGGUGGCCAUGUCGUGCUUGGCUGCAGUGGUGCGUUUCCUUGAGCUGCUCUCUGACGAGUCCAACUUUAACUCCUUUAGUCUGACCUCUCUGGACCUGGGUCAGUACAUGAGGCUGGACAACGCUGCCGUCAGGGCUCUCAACCUCUUCCAGGGAGCCCCCGAUGACACAAGUGGAGCUCAUUCAUUGGCCGGUCUGUUGAACAAGUGCCGCACGCCGCAGGGUCAGCGGCUGGUCAACCAGUGGAUCAAACAGCCUCUCAUGGACAAAACCAAAAUAGAGGAGAGGCUGGACAUGGUGGAGAGCUUUGUGUGUGACUCUGAGCUCAGACAGACCUGUCAGGAAGAUCUGUUGCGGCGUUUUCCGGACCUUAACCGUCUGUCCAAGAAGUUCCAGCGUCACUCUGCGACUCUUCAGGACUGCUACCGCGUCUACCAGGCUGUGAGCCACCUCCCGACACUCAUCAGCGCCCUGGAGAGAUACUCAGGUAGCUACGAGGUUCUGUUGGAGGCGGUGUUCCUCUCUCCUCUCAGAGACCUGCACUCUGACUUUGUUAAAUACCAGGAGAUGAUUGAAACCACGCUGGACAUGAACCAGAUUGACCACCAUGAGUUCCUGGUGAAGGCGUCAUUCGACCCCGUGUUGAGCGAGCUGAGAGAAAAGAUGGACGAGCUGGAGGAGAGCAUGAAGGUGGUGCUGAACAGUGCAGCCAGAGAACUAGGUCUGGAUGCUGGUAAGACGGUGAAGCUGGAGUCUAACGCCAUGCUGGGCUUCUACCUGAGAGUCACCUGCAAGGAGGAGAAGACUCUGAGGAACAACAAGAAGUUCAGCACGCUGGACGUCCAGAAGAACGGAGUGCGCUUCACAAACGGGAAGCUGAGCUCUCUGAACGAGGAGUACACUAAGAACCGUGAGGAGUACGAAGGGGCCCAGGACGCCAUUGUCAAAGAGAUUAUCAACAUCGCCUCAGGCUACGUGGAUCCUCUCCAGACGAUGAGCGACGUGAUUGCGCAGCUGGAUGCCGUGGUGAGUUUCGCCGUGGCGUCCGUCUCCGCUCCUGUGCCGUUCGUGCGGCCUCGCCUGCUGGCGGACGGAUGCAGGCGGAUGGAGCUGACGCAGGCCAGACAUCCCUGCAUGGAGACUGACGCUGACACCGCCUUCAUCCCCAACGACAUCACCUUCACCCAGGGAGAGAAGAACUUCUACAUCAUUACAGGACCAAAUAUGGGCGGUAAAUCGACGUUCAUCCGUCAGGUGGGAGUGAUCGCUCUGAUGGCGCAGAUCGGCUGCUUUGUGCCGUGUGAAAAGGCGGAGCUUAGUGUGAUUGACAGCGUCCUGGCCAGGGUGGGAGCGGGAGACAGCCAGGUCAAAGGAGUGUCCACUUUUAUGUCUGAGAUGCUGGAGACGGCUGCCAUCCUGCGCUCGGCAACAGAGAACUCUCUCAUCAUAAUCGACGAGCUCGGAAGAGGCACGUCCACGUACGACGGCUUUGGUCUGGCCUGGGCCAUAAGCGAACACAUCGCCUCCAAAAUCAGCUGCUUCUGUCUGUUCGCCACUCACUUCCACGAGCUGACGGCCCUGGCAGCGCAGCAGUCCACCGUCCACAACCUGCACGUCACCGCUCUGACCUCACACAACACUCUCACCAUGCUGUACAGGAUCAAACACGGUGUGUGCGACCAGAGUUUCGGUAUCCAUGUGGCCGAGUUGGCUUGCUUCCCGCCAUCGGUGGUGGCCAUGGCGAAGGAAAAGGCGGAGGAGCUGGAGGAGUUCCAGGAACCAGCGGGGGGGAAGCAGGAGAAGGGGCCCGAGGCCAAGAGACGACGCACGGACAAACAAGACGGGGAAACCCUGAUCCAGGAGUUCCUGGAGAAGGCCAAGUCUCUCCCUGCUGCCACCAUGAGUGAAGAAGAGGUGAAGACAGCGCUGAGGAAGAUGAAGCAGGAGCUCCUCUCCAAAAACAACACGUAUAUCACAGAGAUCCUUUCACGCUGUGUUCCUGCAAAAACAGUUUGAUUUAAGAAUCGAGACAAACAAACCUCUUAGUUCAUGUGCUGUAAGUAACCACUAGAGCGCUUUAAAUGUAUAGUUUUGCAAUAAAAAAGUAUUACUGGA